AUGCCACCCAAAAGACCUCUGAAGAGACGUGGCGAAGAUGAUGAUCGACGUCAAUCGAAAAAAGCAGGUAAAAACAAGAGGGAAGUGACCUAUGAUACAUACGAUGAAGCUUUAGAUGGUGGAGUGGAAAUGGAAGAAAAAGGUGAAAGAUAUCGUGAUGGUGAUAAAGCACAAAGAUUCUAUGAACGCGCAAUAGAAUUAUACGAGAAAGCUUUAGGUUUCCAUCAGACAUACGAUGCUGCUUACAAUCAGGCACGAGCAUUGUAUACCAUUUCCACAUCAUUCUUACUGCCUCCUACAUCUAUCAAGCCACUGCGUCGAUCAAUUGAUCUAUAUCGACUGGCUACAACACUCACAAAUUCACCUUUACUCCGUAUGGACGUAGCCUUCAACCUGUCCCAAUCGUGCUCUUCUCUAUCUGACAUAUUAGAAGACCUGGAUUCGGGAAAUAACGUAGACGAAGUUAGAACAUUAAGGGAAGAAGCUAGAGAUAUCUUACAAGAAGUAAUGGAUGGACAAGAGGAAUAUCUCAAAGCCACAGCCGAAGACAAUGACGCUGCUGAACUUGAAGAAGUCGUCGACGAAAUGGAAUCUGGCGCAGAAGAAGAAUCGAUGGAAGUGGACGAGUCAAAAUUGAAUUCAACUGAAGAUGACGAUGGAGAUGAAAAAGAAGAAACGUUUGAAACUCAUUUACCUACUCCAUCCACAUUUAUAGAUACUGUAUUGUCUCUAAUUGACUUACAUUUGACGCUGUGGGACUCGACUCCUGAACCUGAAACACCAAGUGAAGAAGAACAAUUGAAAGUUCGAUCAAUAUUAGACAGAGCAAAUCAAAUAUCACCACCUGGUAGACAAGCAGAAUUAGAUCUUUCUGAAGUUAAGGUUUUAUUGAGUAUGGAUAAUAUAAUAUGGGAAAUAUAUAAAUCUCAAGCAAGACCUAAUAUGGGAUCAGAAAACACACUCGAAGGUGCAAUCGCAGCUCUAUCCGCCAUAUUAGGUAGUUUAGAUGUCACUCCACCUGAAGAAUUAACUGUCAGACCUGAAAUAUUAACUAUCUUAGCUGAUACACAUACAGUCGUCGGAAAUAGAAUGAUGUUUUUGAAUGUACAUUUACCGGUUGGACCAAGUCCGUUAGCUCAACAAGCAUGGUAUCACUUUUCUCAAGCUACAACACAUCUGGGAACAGCUCUUGACCUUCCCACAAGUGCGUCAACACCCAAAGAAUUCAAGCCCUCAGUGUUAUCAUCGCUUAGUAAAGCAAGUUUAUCAAGAGCUAGAUUAGCACCUGUACAUGAUACAGCAAAACGGAAUGUCGUUCAAUUACUGGAUAACGCAAGUACUUACGCAGCGAGAGCAGGUGAAGGUCUAGGAUGGAAAUUCCUUCGAUUGGAAGGUUCAGCUCCACCGGCAUCUACUGGUCUGAGCUUGAGUAUAGGUGGAAUAGGUGGAAGUGAUACACCUUGGCAAGCAGGAUGGGAUACUGAAUUACUAGCAAGAAAUAUUGUAUUGCAACAAAUGAGAACAUGUCUUUACGCUUCGAAGCUUGACUUGUUGCCGGAAGAAUCAAGGGAAAGGUACAGGAGUGGAAUAGAAAAAUCCUUGAAGAAAUUGAAGAGUUUGAUUGGGGAAAGAGCCUUGGAAAGUAAAGACGUCGAAAGGUUUUUGGCUGAGAUAGAAGAUGACGAAGGUCGUCUAGAAGAUAGAGAAAGGGGUUGGUGGAGUGAUACCUUUGCAUGA